CUCAGGAAAGAGUAGAUUACAGCUUAAACUCACGUGAGCCAGAAGCUAUAGACAUAGGUGAGUUAGUGCGACACUUUUUCAGCUGAAAGUAAACUCUAUCUGAAUCACACGAGGCCCCUUUCUCCACGAGGCGCAUGCGUAAGAAGGAAUCGAUGAUGAUGCUGAUGACGAUGAUCCACAUGUGGAUAAGAAGUUACACACAGACCAGCAGGUUACAACAAAUAGUCAGGGCUGAUCCUCACGCGGGUAGAAAGUUGCAGAAAAGUGGGCAUCUACAAAAUAUUACCCAAAUACUACGUGACUUAAAUUUGCAGAGAAAUAGGAAAGGGUACAAAAAUCGCCAAUAGCUGCUGAUCUGCACGUGGGCGAGAACUACACACUAGUUCAGGCGGCUGAUCCACACGUGGGUCAGAGGUCGCAGACAUAGCGGAUGUUGAGUUUCAAAAUGGUCCAUAGCUGAUGCUCACGUUGGUUAGAAUUUUCGGUUAAGGCGUUUAUUUGAACAAAACAGCCCACAGUUUAUAAGGGGUUACGGAUGUUAACUAGCCUGUAGCUGACUGAUCCACACGAUCAUAUGUUAUCUGGUAAGAUAAUAAAUGAAUUCGUGCAUUCAUUUUCACUGCACAUUUGGGACAAAAUAGCACUAGCCGAGGGAAAGCCUGUACUUUUGGCGAAUAGUACAUUCAGCGUUGCAAUAUUUCGAUAAUUUAAACACCAUUUGGACCGUAUAUAGCCUUGAUUCUCAAUUUUUGUUAAGCGACGUUUUCGCAUAACAUUAUACAACUUCAAAUUAAAACCGAGCAAUGAUAAUGUGAGCAGAUUACGAAACAAAAUGUCAGUCAAAUUAAUAUUUUGCAACUCGAAAGUGUCUCAUCAUCAUCUAAUUGUUGUGAAUUUAUAAACAGCGUUCAAGUCUGUUCUGCACACGUGACAGAGAAUUUCUAGUUCGAGGAUGGUGUUCCGCAUUCUUGUUCAACUCCACGUAUAAUCAAUCGAAGUUGAGAAAUAUGUGCUCUAGACAGCGCGCAGUGGAUGUCUGCAAAAUCGGUAACCAUAAUCUCUACCUGAGAUUUGCACGUGCUGUAGACAAACCGGAUGUUUACAAAGAUAGCUUUAAUAACAAUUAAUCAACCGAAGUGGAGGUGAAUGGUGGUGGAUAUUUACUGAUUCGCAAAGCGGCUAGGUAAAUAUCUACCACUUUCACUGACACUAAGGUGAAUAAUUGUUUUAAUAGAUACCACACAAGCUGAAAAGCUAGCUUCUCGUUUAUCGAAACAAUUUCCUCUUCGGUAACCGAAGCUAAACGGGAAGGCAUUUUGUUUUCCUUCACUUGUUAGGACGUGCAAAGUUCUUUGCUAAUUACCACCGAGUUGACCAAUCAGACCGCGCGAAAAGCACUUUUCAGUUGUGUGGUAUGGUACCAACGAGAAAUAUCUGAUCCCUGACCCUCACAAGCACCAGAAGUCCUCACGUACGUGUUGCAGAAAUAGCGGAUGUUUACAGAAUGUAGCCAAGAUCUGAUCCACCGAUGAAAUACUGCCGGGUAUAUAUUGAACAAGUUCGCGGCCUUAGUCAUACUGUAGAAGUGAUUCAACCUACCAAGGUGAGCAGAGGCGUGAUGAAACUCAGACUGUUUUGUCUGCUGGUGUUGGCUGCCGCGAGUCAAGUAAGAUCAUCCUCUCGCGAAAAUAUCCACUUGCAAACAAACCAUGUCAAGGCCAGAUCCUGUUUGGACUACCUGAGACGUGGCAAGUUUGAAAACGGCUUCUACUGGCUUUUUGAUGCCGACCAUGACAAGCGAUACGUGGCUUACUGUGACCUCUCAUCCGAGCCGGGAGCAGCCUGGACGCUUGUCAUGUCAUGGAGCUUGGCAAACAAAGAUUUGCCUCAAUUUAGAAAACAAGCUUUUAUGCAAGACGCAUCCGUUAACCACAACACUCCAAACUGGUACAUCUACCGCUAGACUCUGGCCCGAAUGAAAAACAUCCGCAGCCAAUCCACACACUGGCGAGCAACCUGCAGCUUUGACCAAAUGGAACAAAAAAUUGAUUACAGAGACUACCUCAGAGGCAAGUUCAGCGACUUGGACAUCAUGACAUAUGAUGCGAACGGACAAUGCUUUCUAGUUGAUUAUGUGAAUCUUCGUGGACAUACAGCGAUUGGUACCACAGCACAGUUCUGGCAGCGCAAAAACAUGUACCCCAUCCACAUCGACAGUCAUAAAUCCAACGGCUGUACCUUUAAACCUCUCGCUGGAGCUGUUCCAAGUGAGGAUAACUUUGGUUGCUACGAAAGCUUUAACAAGAAUUUCCGCUGCACUAUGGGAGACGAUCAGACAACCCAAUGGUGGUUUGGUGGCUACAUGGCGGACUAGCACGAUUGAUUUAGUCGGUAUAUGCGGCAGACGUGUUGUCGGGUCCACAUUGGUUCUGGACACUAAAAAUGGAAAUGUAAAACUUAAGCCUGAUAGAAAACUGCCUUAUCCAGUAAGAUAUUGAGGAAGUAAAAACACUAAGUAAGGAAAACUGAAAUGCAAGUUAGAAGCUGACUCGUUGAGCAUUGCUCUUUGACCAAUAAAGAUAUGCCAGCAACGUUGAUCUAAAGGUAGUGAUGCAUUAUUAGUAUACGGCCCUCCUGCCAACCACGUUUCGCUACUUAAUUUCUAAUAAUUUCUAAUAAUGUUUUGGUUUAAUUUUAUUUAUCUUCUCAAAUUUCCUUUUUUUCUCUUAUUCUCUUUUCUAACCAAACAUAUAAUACGGUUAAAAUAAUCUUGAGUCCCAACGAUGGAAGUUUUUCCUUCGUUUAAUUAACAGAUUUAAACAAAUAGCAACUAAGGUUUGUAAUUGAAUUAUGUAAAAAUGAAGUUACAGUUACUGUUACUACUACUGUACGGUUUAAAUGACAAUAAUUAAUAUGUCUUUCCAGAAAGAAAAACUUUGAAGUGAUUUAUUCAUUUUUUUAAUUAGGUGAUCACAUGGAGCUGAGUAAAAUUAACGAUUAAUAUCA